AUGCAUGGCGGCGACAGCGACAGCGCAGCUAUCGUUCACCAGUUCAACGGCAGGCUGAUGUGCAUAUCAGUGACCGACGGCGACCCGCUCAGCAACGCUGGGCUGCAGCUCUCUCCGGAUAGCCGGCUCAUCCACCUGAUCAACCAGACGAUGGCGGACGACGUUAACGCAAACCCUGGCAGUUACGAGAAGUUGGAGGACGAGAUACUCGACAUGGUCCUAGCUGUCGGACGAGCCCUGUCUCGGCAGGUCGCACCUCUCGCGCCGAGCCAGACGACGAGCAGCGAUAGCGACAGGACAGCUCUGCACGCGUUGUUGUAUCCAGAGCAGCACCACUUUAACUAUCAGGUCGACAGGAAAGCCCGGCAUCUUCCCCAUGGUUGGACCCGCGACUGGGCCGACGCAGACUUGGCGGAAACCAUGGAGGGCGACAAGCAGGCCGUGGUCAAGAUUCGAUCAGCUAUGGGGGGACGACGUGCCCGCCACUUGGCUUUGAAGGCAGAAUUACCAAGCACGACGCAAGCUCUGCACUGUGUCGUCAGCACAGCCUCGCGGGCAUAUUUCAAAAGUGAUGUUCGUGCUGUUCACGAUGCUUUAGUCCGCGUGUGCAUUUCGUCGAUCGUCGAUCUGCGGCCUUUGAUUGGUAUAGAUAGAAAUGGGCAUGAAAGAUUUACCUUCACGAGUUGA